CUCGCGCGCCCCUCCGCGUCCCGCGCGCUCGGUCCGCGCCGCCAGCAUGAGCUCCACGCAGUUCAACAAGGGGCCUUCGUACGGGCUCUCGGCCGAGGUCAAGAACCGGCUGCUGUCCAAGUACGAUGCCCAGAAGGAGGCCGAGCUGCGCAGCUGGAUCGAGGGACUGACCGGCCUGUCCAUCGGCCCCGACUUCCAGAAGGGUCUGAAGGAUGGGGUUAUCCUGUGCACACUCAUGAACAAGCUGCAGCCGGGCUCAGUGCCCAAGAUCAACCGCUCCAUGCAGAACUGGCACCAGCUGGAGAACCUCUCCAACUUCAUCAAGGCCAUGGUCAGCUACGGCAUGAACCCCGUGGACCUGUUCGAGGCCAACGACCUGUUCGAGAGUGGGAACCUGACGCAGGUGCAGGUGUCUCUGCUGGCGCUGGCCGGGAAGGCCAAGACAAAGGGUCUGCACAGUGGCGUGGACAUUGGGGUCAAGUACUCGGAAAAGCAGGAGCGCAACUUUGAUGACGCCACCAUGAAGGCCGGCCAGUGCGUCAUCGGGCUGCAGAUGGGCACCAACAAAUGCGCCAGCCAGUCGGGCAUGACGGCCUACGGCACGCGGAGGCACCUGUAUGACCCCAAGAACCACAUCCUGCCUCCCAUGGACCACUCCACCAUCAGCCUGCAGAUGGGCACCAACAAGUGUGCCAGCCAGGUGGGCAUGACGGCGCCCGGGACGCGGCGGCACAUCUACGACACCAAGCUGGGCACCGACAAGUGCGACAACUCCUCCAUGUCCCUGCAGAUGGGCUACACGCAGGGUGCCAACCAGAGCGGCCAGGUCUUCGGCCUGGGCCGCCAGAUCUACGACCCCAAGUACUGCCCGCAAGGCCCAGCGGCGGAGGGCGCUGCCCUGGGCCCCGGGGAGGCUGAGCACGCCCCCUACUGCCAGGAGGAGGCGGGCUGCUGAGGGGCCCGCGCCCCGGGGGUCUGAGCUGGCCUGUGCUUUGUGCCCAGUGCGGAGCCCUGGGCUGGGGGCAAGGGGCGGGGCCGGGACCCAAGGGGGACCGCCCCCUCCCCAAAGGUUCCGCUUUGCUGUCCUCUCUCUCCACCCGCCAUCCGCUUGUGGUUUCUGUACCCACGAAGUUUCUGGCAGUUGUAACGAAAGAAUCGGAAGAAUUUCCUCUCGUCCGGAGGUUGGGGAAGGCUGGGGGGGAGGGGGCCUGGCGGGCAACCGGAUUUCUCCAGGCCCCACACCCACCGCCCUGACCCCCACUGAGGCGAGUGUUAGAGGCGAGGCCAGACCCCUUCCCAGGGCCCCCCAGCUCCUGCCGGACCCCCGCCCGGGGCUCCUGGACCAGGGGAUAAUGUGAAAUGCCCGCUGUGGACCAAAAGCAAUAAAUAUCUGCAUUUUUAAUGAGGG